AUGGCGGACCAAGAGGAAACCUUCAGCCUGCAAAACUCCCCCGGUGGCUCGGAUUCGAGGGAGUUGCAUAGCGAAACUAAAUCAGAGAAACAGACCGGAGCAUCGAGUAAAUCCCCAUCGUCCCAGACAACUUACAUUCAACAGGUUAGCAUCACCUCCGGCAUGGAAGGGAUAAAAGUCUAUCUGCACGAGAGGGAACUCUGGAUGAAGUUUCACGAGGUCGGGACGGAGAUGAUCAUUACCAAAGCGGGAAGGCGAAUGUUCCCCAGCUUCAAAGUGAAGGUCACUGGGCUGAACCCCAAAACUAAAUACAUACUCUUGAUGGAUGUUGUGCCUGCCGACGACCAUCGUUACAAAUUUGCCGAUAAUAAAUGGUCGGUGACGGGGAAAGCCGAGCCCGCCAUGCCGGGCCGGCUCUACGUUCACCCGGACUCUCCCGCCACCGGGGCGCACUGGAUGAGGCAGCUCGUGUCCUUUCAGAAGCUGAAACUGACCAACAACCACCUGGACCCGUUUGGACACAUCAUCCUGAACUCGAUGCAUAAAUACCAGCCCAGGAUCCACAUUGUCAAAGCAGAUGAAAAUAAUGGAUUUGGCUCCAAAAACACAGCCUUCUGCACUCACGUGUUCCCCGAGACAGCUUUCAUUGCGGUUACAUCCUAUCAAAACCACAAGAUAACCCAGCUGAAGAUAGAGAACAACCCGUUCGCUAAAGGCUUCCGGGGGAGUGAUGACAUGGAGCUACACCGAAUGUCCAGAAUGCAAAGUACCAAGGAGUACCCAGUUGUCCCUCGAAGCACAGUGCGUCAGAGAGUGGGCACCAGCCAGAGCCCAUUCAGUGGGGAGAUCCAAGGCAUUGCCACCCCCAACGCUCUGGGCCCCCAGUACUCCCAGUGUGAGAAUGGGGUCACAAGCACCUCACAGGAUCUGCUGCCCCAGUCAGGCUCCUACCCACUGCCACACGAGCACAGCCAGGAUUAUCACUGCAUCAAGAGGAAAGUUGAGGACGACUGUCACUCUGGCGAGCACAGUUACAAGAAAGCCUAUCUGGAAAGCUCAUCAAGUGAGGAGGACCAUUACUACCGUCCAGUGGGCUACCCUCAAAGCCUUAGCCUUGCCAGCGGGCCCUUUCGCAGUGAAUCAAGCCAGCGACAAGCCUGUAUGUAUGCCACUGCCUCCCAGGGUGCAGAGCCUGUACCUAGUUUGGAGGACAUCAGCUGCAACACCUGGGCCAGUGUCUCCCCCUAUGGAAGCUGCUCUGUUACCACCAUGCAGCCAAUGGAGAGGCUGCCCUACCAGCACUUCUCUGCUCACUUCACCUCAGGGUCUCUGGUGUCCAGACUGGGUGGGGUGGGAGGUCACGCCUCCCCACAGCUAGGUGAUGCCCACCAUGCUGCCAUGUACCAAGGCUCCAUGACCCACCAGACUCUGGGCCGCCAAUGCAGCCCUGGGGCCGGUAUCCAGUCACCCACCGCUGGGCUACAGGGAAACGAAUACCUGUACUCACACAGCAUCCCACGUACACUGUCCCCUCACCAGUACCACGCGGUGCAUAGUGUCAGUAUCAUGCCAGAGUGGAAUGAGAAUAGCUAAAAGAGCCUCCAGCUAACGUAUGGAAAAUGUAAAAGGAAAUAGAAACAAAGGACCAAAAUCAGA